UACCAAUUUUACCCCUCAAAGAAAAAGAAGCAUAUUCCAAUACAAAAUUUGUAUCUCUGCCAAUCUGCAUAUUCAAUACCAAGUACCUUGUAACCUGUACAAGGCUGUUUCUUCCAGAAAGUGAAAUUACUUAAACACCCUCAAAGCACGGAGAUGGUGGAAGAGGUAAUAACUUUUUGCCUGGGAAACAAACCAGAGUGAAAAAAAAAAAAAAACAAUAAUAAAAAAAUGUUGCAGGCCAAAAGAAAGGAAAGAUGCCAGGAGGGCACAACUGUAAUUUCAUUAGAUUACAAGAGAGAGAACAUCACAGCGGCCAUAUGAGGACCGAAAAGCCUAGAAACAAGGUACUACCAACAACAACUGCAAAGCACCUUCUCUCUCUCUCUCUCUCUCAUCAUCAAUCUCGUGCCAAUUUCACUUUCUCUCUCUAGAAAUUUAGAAAGAAAAAAAAAAGCUGAUCAAGACUGUCUCUUCCUUUCUCUCUCCUCCCAUUACCUACCUAUCUAUACUCAGAAGAAAAGAAAGAAAAAAAGAAAAAAGAAAAAGAAAGAAGACAACAUAGAACUCCACGAAACAACAUAGGAAGACUCCACGGCACCCCCAUCUCUCUCUCUCUCUCUAUAUAUCUCUUUCUCUCUCUUCAUGGCCCAGCUGGACCAAAAUUUAUUUAUGAGAGAAACAAAAAAGAAUACAAUAGAGAGAGAGAGAUAUGUCUUCAAAUUUCCUCCAAUUUAAACCAAACCCACCUCACACACACACAUACAACAUACAGAGCACCAAUAAAGCAGAUACAUUAAUUCCAAAAAUACCCUUCUGCAACCCCCACAAAAAAAAAAUUAAACCCCCCAUCUUCAUCAUCAACUUCACUGUCUUCCAAACAACUAUGUUUUCUUUAAUUUUUUUAUUUUAUUUUUGUUUCCCCGAAUUAUGUGGGCUUUUUCGGUCAGAUUUUUUUUUUAUUUUCACAGAGAAAACAGGAAAGCAAAGAAAGAACCUUCACACCUCACCCCCACACCCACCCCCACCCCUCUAUUUUCUCUCUCCUUUUUUUCCUGUCCUAUCUAUCUCUCUCUCUCUCUCUACAUUACAUACAAACCCCCCUUUUCUUUAUUGGGUUGUUCCACCUCUAUUUCACAUUCAUAUCUAUCCCCAUUUGCCCAGUUUCUUGUUUCCCUUUCUCUCUCUCUCCCUCUCUCUCUCUCUCUCUCUCUGCCUCACAGCUAGCACUAAUUAUUAUUAUAUAUAUAAAUAUUAUUCAAGAUCACGCCUUUUUUUUUGUCUGUGAGAGGUGAUUCUUUUUGUUUGGUGAUCUGAUGUCGAAGAAGGGUAAAGUUGUGAUUUUUGACUCAACCCCAUCUUAUGGUGGUGUUCUUGAUCCUAAAUCCAUGCUCAAGCAUCAGAAUCUUAUGCAGGAUUAUCAGGAUUUGCAGAAGGAAGCUGAUGUCAUGACAAACAAUUUAGAGGCGGCUAGACAAAGGAAGCUGAUUCUUGCCGCUGAAGUUCGGUUUCUUCGACAAAGAUAUAAAUACCUCAUGGAAAGAAAGAAUGUGAAUCCACCACAAGAACAAAUUCACGAACAUGCACCGAAUCCUCAUAAGCAAACUAAACUCAGAAAAGAACCAAACCCGAAGAAGAAACCCUCUGUUGUUAAACAAGUUUCUCUUAUCGACGCAUCCCCAAUAACCGAUCAUCGGCCUCGUAAGAAAAUAUCAUUACACGGCGGAAAAGAAGCCACGAGACAAAAUUCGACCCUGAUGUUCACACCGGUGUCCGAUUCCAACCACAGAGGAACAAUUCAUGUAAGGAAAGAAUAUUUGGCCCCGAAUUUGAUCCCGAUUCUUGGCAGAAACCAGAAUGAAAGAAUGUUGUUUGGUGCGAACGAUGCAGUUUUAAGGAAGUCGAUUGCGGCGUUCGAUUUGAACCAGGAUAGUGGAAAAGAAGCUUCUUUGCCGAGCAAAGCGCCGAUAUUUGACUUAAACGAAAUCUCGACAGGUGACGAGGACAUCCAACAGAGUAAUUACGAGGCGGUGAAGAAGAGUUUAAUGAGAGGUGUGAAUGAAGAGGAACAAAACGAAUUGAAGCUAUCGAUAAUGUGUAGAAAUGGUGGGGAAGGUUCUUCUCGUGUAGGGAAGCGGAAAAUUUCGUGGCAAGAUCCCGUUGCAUUAAGAGUUUGAAAGACUAUAUGUUAAAAAAAAAUGUGAAUUUCCUUAUAGUAGUUAGUUCGUUUUGUCUCGUAUUAACUGUUACACGGAAUGAUGAUCUGUUAGAAACAAUUUGGCUUUCGACUAGCAAAGAAUUGGUUUACGGGACUAAUUGCUUAGAAUUUAGUGGCUUUCUUUGGCUCGUUUGGUG